AUUUACACAAUGGCGAAAAUUCCCCGCAACUUCAAGCUGAUGGACGAGCUCGAAAAGGGCGAAAAGGGCAUUGGCGAUGGCACUUGCAGCUAUGGACUCUCAGAUGGCGAUGAUAUGACUAUGUCAGACUGGAACGGAACUAUUCUUGGACCUGGACAUACCGUCCAUGAGAACAGGAUUUACAGUCUCAAGCUUCAUUGUGGCGACCAAUAUCCUGAUGUGCCUCCCACAGUAUCAUUCGUGUCUCGCAUUAAUCUUCCUUGUGUCAAUCAGUCGACAGGACGUGUGGAUCCCUCAAAACUCACUUGCUUAAGCAACUGGAGGAGAACUUUUGGCUUGGAAACCAUCUUGACUGAUCUGCGUCGUGAGAUGGCCUCACCCAACAAUAGGAAGCUCCCUCAACCUGCAGAAGGAACCACAUUCUAAGAGUAGAACAUGUAUUGGAUUGACAGCAAAUACAAAAGAAAAAACGAAUAAAGACUAUGUAAAGGAGCG